AUGAACGACACAAUGCUCUACGAGCCAUUUCCCACCCCAACAGGCCCGACCCAAGAAGAGCGCGCCGCCGAGGACCAGCUCUUCCGCAGAAUGCGGCUCAUCCAACAAUACGCCAGGCAGACCAGAGACCUCCGGAGCCAAGCCAGCCGGGGCCUGAUUGACAACGUGGAGGAAGAGCUUUUGGUGGUGGGCCAAACUCUCUUGUCGCAGGACGAUCUGAGCGCCGGCCAGUGGCUCGAGCUGGCGGCGGCCCUGUUCGGCGAGCAGCAGCCACACCUCGUCUACCGCGCGCCGACCGGCAUGGAGCAGCGGUGGCACAUCAUGCUGGACGACGCCGAGGCGACGCGGGACAUGGCCAACACCGCGGGCCGCACGGCGCUCGAGGAGAUCCGUAUGCCGAGCGCCAACGUGCCGCGGUCCCGCGAGUGCGCCCCGAGGCGCCGCCAGCUCGACACUCCCCCGCGGCGCCGCCAGCCCGGGGCCCUGCUGCGGCCCGAGACCACGGCCACGCAGCUGCUCGCGCAGCUGCCCGACACUAACAGGGGCCUGGUCGGGUACGUGAGGCGGGACCUCGAGGGGGCGGGCCGGAGGGGCGAGACGCUGGGCAGCAUGCGGGAGGGCACCAGGCUCGGGUUCGACGUGAUCGAGCGGAACCGGGAGAACCUCGACAUGCGCACCGGCGACAUGGAGGCGGGCGCCGAGGUCGUCCUGUUUGACGACUUCAUGGAUGCCGCCUACAGGGACCGCGGGGUCUACGGCGACGCGGGCGGAGACCCGGUGCGCUCCGAGAACGAGCCCCGGCGCCGAUUCCAGGCUGCGAGGGCGGCUGCUCCGGUCCGGCCAGCUCUCCUCCGCAUAUAA